AUGCAGGUAUUCAGCCGCCGUACGGCUGGCGCCUUGCAAGCUGCUGCCAGGAGGCAGGGUUACUCAACUGCAACUUCAGGAUAUGCCUCAACAGCAGAGAACCUUCGCAUAAACAAAGAAACCAAAGUCAUCUUCCAAGGCUUCACUGGCAAGCAAGGAAGCUUCCACGCCCAACAGGCGAUCGAUUACGGAACAAAUGUCGUCGGUGGUACAAAUCCAAAGAAAGCCGGAGAGACACAUCUGGGAAAACCGGUGUUUGCCAAAGUCAGCGAUGCUAUCAAAGAGACAGGAGCAACUGCAUCCGCGAUCUUCGUCCCGCCGCCAUUGGCCGCCGCAGGUAUCGAAGAAGCUAUCGAAGCAGAGAUGCCCCUUAUUGUCUGCAUUACUGAAGGAAUUCCCCAACAUGAUAUGGUCCGCAUCACCGACAUCCUGAAAACCCAAGGCAAAACCAGAUUGGUAGGACCCAAUUGUCCCGGUAUAAUAGCUCCGGGCCAAUGCAAGAUUGGGAUCAUGCCAGGCUUCAUCCACAAACGAGGACGAAUAGGUAUUGUCUCACGGUCUGGUACUCUCACAUAUGAGGCCGUCAAUCAGACAACACAGGCUGGCCUUGGUCAAUCGCUUGUCGUUGGUAUUGGAGGGGAUCCUUUUUCAGGCACAAACUUCAUCGACUGCCUCAAAGUGUUCUUGGAGGAUGAGGAGACAGAGGGUAUAAUCAUGAUUGGCGAGAUUGGCGGGUCUGCCGAGGAAGAUGCUGCAGACUUCUUGAAAGCAAAUAACACAUCAAACAAGCCUGCUGUAAGUUUCAUUGCAGGUAUAUCCGCACCACCGGGGAGGAGAAUGGGCCACGCAGGUGCUAUCGUGAGCGGAGGUAAAGGAGGCGCAGAUUCGAAGAUAUCUGCAUUGGAGGCUGCUGGGGUCAUCGUUGAGCGCAGUCCAGCCGCUCUCGGCAAAACAUUGCAUGCUGAGUUUGUAAAGCGAGAUCUGAUUUGA